AUGCCUUAUCCCACAGAUGUUCACUCCCUUUGCCUCGAAUGCACUGUCAGAUCUCAGUCCAGACCUGGGCAGCCCUGGGGUCAAAUACAGGCCUUGGUGGAUACAACGCCUUUUUUCCAGUAUGACACUGACAACAGCACAGUCAAAUAUUUGGGUCCCGUGGGGGAGAAAGUAAAUGCCACCAAGGCAUUGACAGAAUUGACCCAAACUCUGGGAGAAGUGAUGCAAGAGCUGAGGAUGAUCCUGUCGGACACGCAACUGGAGAUAUGCACUGUCGGUCUUCCCACUCUGCAAGUCAAGGUGUUUUGUCAGCGUGAAGAAGAACGAUGUACUGGUGCAUCCUGGCAGUUGAGCAUCAGUGGCCAGACAGCCCUCCUCUUUGAUGCAAUGAACAUGAACUGGACAGUAAUGAACGCUGAAGCCAGACGGACCAAGGAGGAGUGGGAGGACAGGGGGCUGGCAGAGUAUUUCAGGAAGCUAUCAAUAGGAGACUGCAACCACUGGCUCAGGGAAUUCUUACAGCACUGGGAGACAAUGCCAAAGCAGACAGGUAACAGCAGGGAAACGUGA